AUGUUCAGCCCAGCUACCAUUGCGGCCCUCGCGCCCUUCAUCCUGGGCCUUGCCCAGGCAUCAGCCGUUGAAGUACCUCGUGAGCUGCCUCACGAUGUCACCCUCAACCCUGCCAGUCCCGCCCUGGUCAUUGGCGGUGGCUAUGACUGCUAUCCCUACAACGACAGUGAUUGUUACAAGAAGUACUGGGACCAGUACAAGAAGUGUCACCCGUACGACAAGCCUUGCUACAAGGACUGCCAUGACUACGAUGACUACAAUGAUCACUGCAAAAACUACGACAAGAGCUACGGCAAGUGCUACGAUAGGUGCUACUACGACUACGACGGUUGCGACAAGUACAAGGACUGCCACAAGAAUGACGACUCGUGCUACAAAAAGAAGAAGGAGGAAGGCUACUGCCAGCCGGAUGACACCAAGUGCCGGGACCGACACCCGUAUCCUCACGACUUCUGCAAACCUUGGGACUGGGACUGCCACAAGGCGAAGCAUGAAGACAAAGACUACGAAUGCCAUCCCCGCAAGGACAAGAACUGCUACCCAGACUAUCCUGACUACCCUGACUAUGAUGAUGAUAAUCAUGGGGUGGAUCCUCACCAUCCCAAGGGCUACGUCAAGGUUGUCUACCACGGCCCUAAGGGGCACUACGAGCAGCAAGUCUGGCCUGAUGGCGAUGAGGCUUGGACUAAUCAUGACCAAUUUGUCGUGGAUCACAUCAAGUACUACCUCGAAAAGGAGGACAAGAACGUCCGCUGCCUUCCCAUGAAGUCCUGGUUCCCUUGGAUUCCGCUUCCGAUUGAGAAGUACCAGGAGAAGGAGGAAGAGUACGGAAAGAAGGUUCGCAUCAUCAAGCUGAAGGAGCCUAUGCCGGUGGAGGUGAUCCGCUGUGAUUUCCCCUAG